AUGGUCUUACAGCGAGACUUCUACGUCGACGAUGUUCUCACAGGAGCCGAUACAAAGAACGAGGCACAAUCACUGAGAACGGAGCUCAUAGAAUUGCUUAAAUUAGCCGGCUUAAACAUCCGAAAAUGGGCAGCGAACGACCGGGAACUGCUACGAGGACUUUCCGAGCAGGACAUAAACGAUAAGCUGCUACUAGGCGAAUCGCAAACUUUCAAAACUCUGGGUGUUGUUUGGAAUUCCUUUGACGAUUCGAUCCUAUAUUCCGUCAAAAUCAAUCCUACCGCCUCUCGAAUUACGAAGAGAACAAUCAGCUCCGAAAUUGCCAAGAUCUACGACCCUCUUGGAUUACUGGCACCAGUGAUCGUUCGCGCUAAGAUGUUGCUCCAACGACUUUGGACUUUAAAACUUGACUGGGACGAAUCUCUUCCGGCUGACGUACACACAGAAUGGAGCAAAUAUUAUUCACAGCUACCUUUGCUAAAUAACGUGAAGUUUCCACGUAAAACUAUAAUCAAGACUGCAGCGGAAAUUGAAUUACACGGAUUCUGCGACGCCAGCGAAAGGGCGUAUGGGGCAUGCGUCUACCUUCGCACCAUCACUCCGGAUGGUCAUGUUUGGACACGACUCCUCACUGCAAGGUCAAAGGUGGCUCCACUCAAAUCACAAACCAUUCCAAGGCUGGAACUGAGUGGAGCACUUCUUCUCGCAUCAUUGGCCACUACAGUCCUUCAAGCGUUACCAAGCAACAUUUCUCGGACCGUUUACUGGACUGAUUCUACAAUCGUUUUACACUGGAUUAAUACAUCACCCCAUACGCUGAAAACCUUCGUCGCCAAUCGUGUGACAGAGAUUCAACAAAAGACUCACACCUCAGAUUGGCGCCACAUUCCCACUACCGAUAACCCUGCAGAUCUCAUAUCUCGAGGCCAAUCACCCCAAGACUUCCUGCGAUCUACCAUUUGGCAACAUGGACCAGAAUGGCUCCAACAACCUGAAAAAUACUGGCCGUCGUGGAACCCAUCUACUGGAGAGAUAUUCUUCUUGGCCCAAGCUGAUAAGAAUUGCCGCUCGUUGCCUCCGAUGGAGGCAAAAACAGGAUCGGGGGGACCUCUAACCACACAUGAUUUAACCAAUGCGCAUAACAAAUUGGUCAAAUUGUUACAACUCUGUUAUUUUCCAGAUGAAAUACGUACUCUCCGCACAGAUCGAAAUUCUGCAGUGAAGGGGAAGCUGCAACGACUCAAUCCAUUUCUGGACAAGGACGAGAUAUUGCGAGUCGGAGGCCGACUCAGUCAUUCACCAAUGCCCUUCACUCAGAAACACCCAAUCAUUCUACCCAAAUCCUCAGUUACAGCACUCAUAAUCGAGCAUGAACACCUCCUAAAUCUCCACUCCGGAACUCAAGCUACCUUAUAUGCCUUGAGGAGAUCUUACUGGCCUAUCGACGGCCGUAGUCAAGUUUGGAGCACGCUGAAGAAGUGCGUACGUUGCUGCCGAGCAAAUCCACCUCCAGUAGAGUACGUAAUGGGCGACCUUCCAGCUGCACGGAUAACGGAAUCUCGUCCAUUUACCAACGUCGGAAUCGAUUAUUGCGGACCGUUCUACAUCAAGGAACGAAAGGAUCGCAACCGACGAAAAAUCAAGGUAUAUGUAGCAAUCUUCGUAUGCCUUGCAGUUAAAGCAGUCCACCUCGAGCUGGUCACCGAUCUCACUAGCGAGGCCUUCAUUGCUGCUCUGCGAAGAUUCAUCGCUCGCCGAGGAUUCUGUGUUACAAUUUAUUCUGACAACGGCACCAACUUCGUUGGCGCCAACAAUGAAUUACGAGAGCUCCAAAACCUCCUGCAGUCCGACGAUCAUAAGGUAAAGAUUCAGUCCUUUUUAGCCGAUCGACGAAUCGAAUGGCACUUCAUUCCUCCCAACUCACCUCACUUCGGCGGGCUGUGGGAGGCUGCGGUGAAGUCCUUCAAACGACAUCUAAGACGUGUCGCAGCUGGCAACAUAUUCAAAGGGUCAAACAACAUUUCUGGCGCCGCUGGCAUCGAGAAUACCUGAACGAGCUGAACAUCCGAAAUAAAUGGAGCAAGGGCAGUCACGACAUCCGAGUAGGCACCGUAGUAGUCCUCAGGGAGGAUAACGUACCAUCCAUGCAAUGGCCUUUGGGCCGCGUGAUCAAGGUCCAUCCAGGAGUCGACGGAAUCAUACGGA